AGUUGGCUGUUGUCACCUGCACCGCAGUUCCGCUUUACCUGUCCUGUCUGUCACAGCACAAGUGCUGCUGCUGACCUUUACUCUAAAAGUGACUUUUUUAAAAUUCCACAAUUUUUCUCACACCGGCUCGGAAAAAUUCCUUCGCGCAUUUUUAGGAUGCCGGGCUGCGCCAGCCUGAAAACUGCGAGCUUCCUGAACCGGUUGAAAUAGGAUGUCAACAAAUGACGCAGCAGAAGCGGAGCUCAGAGUUGUAGGAGGGAAGACGAAGACGGUUCAGCGCGGGACAGCACCUCCGAGGAGCACAGCCGCCGCACGGCAACACCAACAAGAAACAUUUGAUGGAAGAUUCCUGUGUGACUUUCAUCGGGGUGACGCAGCUGAGCAGGAUCAGUCAGCCACCAGACACGAAGAAACACACAAAACAUUGAUUUCAGAAGCAGAUGGGGUACAAAGAGAAGCUGUGCCACAUCAAGAUCUUUUGGAUGUGCACAUCCAGAAGUCUGCCAGGCCCAAUUUCACCUCCUCUCUCUCCAUAAGACUGUCCAGAUCAAACUUACUGCUCCAGGAGAAUUCAAAUGCCUGGUGGGGUCAGCAGACCAGUUCCACUAAAGCACAAGUGAGAGAGAAAAAAGAUGCCAUCUCUGAGGUUAAUGGAGUGAGGUCAUCAUCGCCUGCCAACUCUGCAGAACUGACCAGGAUCUGUCUUUUGUCAGAGACGACUCCUUUUCCAGUGAAGAGAAUAGAAGAUAUCAUUCCAGAUGUUGUUAAUCACUAUUUUGGGAAUGUCAAAGACUUCAGUUCAAACAACAGUUUGUCAAAUGGCGACUUUGGAUCUCAUGGUGGUUCACACACUUCUUCAUGUGAAUUGCAAGAAAGAACUUGCUCUGUAGGUGGAACUGAGAAAGAUAAAUUGGACCAUACAGUCCCUAAUAAGCAUCUUUGGAAGCUUUCUGACUGUUCUGAAGACAUGUUGUCUUCCACUGUGGUAACAGUUCUUGCUCCUCACUGGAGUGGAAGAGUGCGUCGACCCAAAAAAUGUGAUGGAAGUUCAGAAACUGGGGGGAAUUCACAAGACUUUACAAACAGUGAACAUAUUUUGAACCAGGAUGGAGAAAGUCCAUUGAACGCUAGAUCGCAUGUGCCAAGAACAGUCCCAUCAAUGGGAAUUAGGAGGAAUACAGUUGACUGGUCAUCUAAGAGUGAUCCAUCAAGCUUUAACUUGGAAUUUAAAAGGGAAAUGAGUCACUCUGUCUCUUUGGAUCCUGGUUCUGUAAGCUCUUCCAGGACCACUCCAUCAACCAGAGCACCUUACUUUCUUGACCCAAAUAUCCAAAGGAGAAAUCCCCAAACUGUCCCACAAGAAGCACUUUCAUCUUUAAGCUCCAAACUGACAACCAGCAGUUUGCUUCUGUCACUGAGAAAAUCAAAUUCCAACGAUAGGAGCUCCAACAAAACCUCUACCUUCCCUGAGGCAAAUUUUUCACAUUUAAAAAGUUUUCCAAAUGAUCAAAACAAAAACAUGCUCACCAAGCAACACUCUCAAAAUUCCAUGAACACAAACGAGCAAGACAGACAAAAGUCAAUUUUUACUCCAUCACCCAUUUCUUAUAGGACAAAUGAAACUGGACCUCACCUUUCCCCAAGGUCUUUCAAUCAGAAAGUGGCACAUGAGGCAUCAGAUACUGCCUUUACCAAACAACCUAAUGCAGUAAAUAAGAAUCUAACCACUGUUACACCAUUCAAUCACUCACUUCAGACAAAGGGAUUUUCAGGAGCUCCACAAGACUCCACAGUUUUAGAAAAUAAAUCUGAAUCUUGUUUGGAUACUUCUAUCUCAUCUUCAUCCAGACAGUACCCAUAUGGUCACGCUAGCAUUUCAAAAUCGCAUUCUCUUCCCAGACGACCCACUCUCACAUCCACCUCCUGGUGGAGACAAGUUUCACAAGACGGGAAUUAUCUCGCCACUAAUAAAACGGCAAACAUCAAAGAACAGUCUAAAACAGCUGUAGUUCCUCCAUUUAAUCACAAUGAGCAAAUGAUUUCUUUAAAUCUAAAUAACAAGCAACUGGAUAAUCGUAUCUCACGUAACAACAACCCUGCAGAGUUGCAUCUCAAAGAUGAGAUGAACUCUGCUGUGAAGACAUUGUCAACUGACAUACGGAGGCCAGACAAACAGGAGUGUGUGUCAGUUGUGAACAAAGUACCUCAUAAACCUCACAGCAUGCCAGAUGUAUUGAGUUAUAGAAUAAGCAAACCAAGUGUCCCACUGAUGCCGAGGAACACUAAAGAUUUCCCAAAGCUAGAAGUAAGUAAUACUUCAUUGAAAGCAAAUGUGAUUAAAAUUCCACCCACUUUGAUAAAUCCCAAGUGGUCUGAUCCAGAGCCAGAAACCAGUCCCAGACACAAAACUGGUGAUUGUCCAUCCAGAACCUCAACGCUACAUUCCCCGAACAUAGAUUCACAAAGAUUUACCAAGUCUUGCGCUUUCCCCACCACUGUUAGCAGCCAAGUUGCUACUUCUAAACCUUCUUCUGGUUUCACCUCUCCAAAUAAAAAUACAUUUUCUUUGCAUUUGGACACAGUUUCCUCUCCAAAUCCUACCCUAACCUGCUCACCAAAAACACCUAAAUUUGUAAACAGUCCCACUCCUAUUGGGUUUGAACGAAGUUAUGCUUGCAUCCCCAAACCCUUUUCUUCUAAAAAUCCAUCUAGCUAUACUCCUACCUUUAGCUUUCCCUCAAAAACUAACGGCAACUCUGUAUCUGUCAGUUCCACCAUAUUGUACGGUGUUCCCAGAACACCUUCAUUCUCUUCCACAGCCACAUCACCCACCUCUACUACAUCUUCAUUACUGACUCCACCUUUAACUCCAGUCAUUCCAAGCCCCAACUCAGAAGCCUCCACCCCCAAGGGGGAAAGUACUUCUUGCAAAAUCAGAGAUAAAGAAUCUAAGAAAUCCGCCGCAGAGAUGGGGGUUAAAAGAGUGAGACGAGUAACGUGGGAAGACUCGGUUGAUGCACACUCUUUAGAAUCUGACAGUGUGCUAAAUCCACCUCAGAUGUUUUCAAAGCCUCCAUCUCCAUCAAUGUCAAAUCAAACUUUUUUUCCAUUUGCACUAUCAGGGGAUACAGAAAAAAAAUCCUCUCUAACCUUCUCACCCAGCUCUAAAAUGUCCAUCAUCCAGGAUAAAGUUGGGGGGAAGUAUCGUUCUCUAUCAUCUGAUUGUGCUGACUUGGCAGCCAGAAACAAGUACAGAGGUGCAGACUCUGUGACAGUUGAAGAGGAAAGACAGGAUUUAAAGACAUCUAGGCAAGAACGGACACUGUCAGUAGAGUCUGGCAUAACUCAGAGUCAACUUUCCUCUUCUCCUUCCCCUUCUUAUGACUUUUCAAAUGGUUAUAAGCUCCGUUACAGUACCACACCUUACUCCACUCUCAUGUCUAGCAGACAGGCCCAGGAAGAAAUAAAAACCAAACACAACCGGUUUCCACUUUUUUCACCACCUGCUCAGUCAAAUUUUACCCAACAACAUUUAUUAGAACGUGAGCAUUCUACAACAACAAAGACUUCCAUGUCUAAGCGCCCCAUGUCACCUGUAAGGCCAUGUCUGCCUCUCUCCAUUCCACCCCAAAAUACAACUACCAUGAAAGAGAGUUUAACAAGUAGACUGUCAAAUAUUGAUCGCAUCAACAACAACCACGGCAAAGGCAACACUCAAGUCUCAAGACCAGAAAGCCAGAUACAACUUCUGGACAACAGAGUUCACAUCACCUUGUGUCCAGCACCUGGUGAUGAAGCCAACGGCACCUCCUCAACAUGUGUAACUGAGACAUUGGUUUAUAGUGUUAAACCAAAAGUCGAAAAAGACUCAGCUAUCCCAAAAAAUGCCACACCCAAACCUUGGAACUACACUCAAAACACAUCCGUUUCUGCAGAACCCAAGUUUAGUAAACAGACCCAGACAGUGCAGCAUAAAGAAGUAGAUGACCAACCAAGUAGUAAUUUGUUUCACAGCUCUCAUGGUACCAGCUCAAUAGCAAGUCAGACUCCUAUUAGUGAAUGUAGCCAUAAAAACAUGAAGGACAACACUUUUGGUAAAAGCAGAUUUUUUUCCAUGGAAGUCAACAAUGAGCAGAGCUCAAGAGGAGCCCGCUCGGGAAUGAAAAAAAGUCUCACCAUACCAAACCCUGAAUCAUCAAAUUUGGAGCCGGAAAAGGCCAGCAAGAGUUCCAACAAAGUAGAUCAGAUGUUUAACAAACUGAAACAAAAAUUCAGCUCUAAACGAUCUGAUGAAGAUCUGUCCUUUCCAUGGAAAUGGAGGCGAGCCUCCCAAACCCCUUCUGUCAGUGGCUCAAGUGAUGCAAGCGCCGUCAGUGAUAACAGUACAGACAGAACCAAAACAGUUGAAGAGCAAGUCCAGCAACCAGAGAUGGUACCCAACAGUACAGGGAAGAUGGAGGCCUCAAAUGAGGAGUCACAAAAUAGAUUUGCUUCACUUGUCCCAAAAUCAACUGGGUGCCAGUUUGCCAUUUGGUCAGAAAAAGCUGCUCUGGAAAAAGACCAAAAUGAGCAUAACUUUGGCACAGAGCAAACGCCUAAAACUAAAGUUCAUUUGACAGUCCAUACCCCAGAAAAUAAUCAAUCUGACCCAGAACUCAGUGCUGGUAGGGCCUCAAUAACCACAGCUGCUCCUCAAUGUGGUAGGUCAACGCCUAGUCCCAGAAGCCCCAGAAGUCCUUUCUCCCCUUUUACAAGUCUUACCCCUCUCUCACCAUUUUCCCCAUCUGAUUUACUGGAUGAUAAUGUAUUUUACAGCCCAAAAUUGCAGCGUCACAGGGAGUCAACCUGUGAGCCAGGAGAAGGAAUGAGCUUAGGUCCAAGGAGACGGGCCUCCACAGGCCCUCCAAGAGGAAGUGCAGUCACAGACAGCAACCACUUGGCUUCUUCUUAUGCAGACUUGAAAUAUGGGAUUGAACCUGGAAGAUCCUUCUCUGUAAGAUCAGUUCUUUCCAAUCGUCCUUCAGGGUCUGAAAGGAUUUCUACUGGAUCCAGAUUUAUGAGUGUGGGAGAUCUUUCUCAGUCUGGGUUGUCUUGUGGAACCAGUAGCACAGACCUGGAUCAGGACCCUUCAACACCAGACUGGACCAAAGAAUUGGGUAACAAGCAUUACCGACAAAUGUCAAAGUUUCACAGUGAUCCAGACAAAAUGCGGUCAAGGUCCCUACCUAGAUCUUGGACUCAAUGUUUAUCAAGCUGGAACACAGGAGCACCUUCUCCUCAACGUGCUAACACCUCAAAAACAGCUGGUCUUCGGAGUCCUAACAUCAACACUUGUCAUUUUGCAUGGGACACAGAAGGUCCCCCAACUCCUCCUCCUACACCUCCCCUCUCGCCAGCCAUCAAGCGCAUGUCCAGAGCUCCAAACCUUCCUUCUUCUUCACUACCCUGCUCAUCUGGAGUGCUGCAUCAGCCGGAUGGCCUACCUGCCAGAGUAUGUUUGCCCCCCAAAGGUUACUUAUCAAGCCUGGGCACUUUUGACGAGUCCUCUGAUAGCAGCUCUGAUACCACAACAGAUGAUGAAUAUUACUUGGAACCAGAUAAUGAUGGAGAGAAGGAGACGGAGCUGUGAAAGAACACUUGAUUCAAACCUCUCUGGAUACUAUGCUCAAAUAAGUGCUGGCAUGGCAUGAAAGAUGGUAUUAUUUUUGUUAAUAAUUACCUCUGUUCUAUUAGCCUUUAAUUUUGUCUUAGUUAAGUAAAAGAGUCUAAUUGAAUAACUGGAAUUUUUGGUUAGUGGCCAAUUAUGCUCCUAUUUCUGGAGUUCUACUGUAGUAAAAAGCAUGAUAUUGUAAACUCGGCUCAAGAUUCCUGUUUGGAUGGGUUGUAACUAUGUACACUGUAUUUGUGAAUUACUGUAUUUCUGCAUUUUAUAAUUGACCAACUACAGCUGUUUGGUUGCAUGGCAGUAUGCAAUAGAAGUAUUAAGAUUUACCCUGUUAGAAUGUAACAGGGAUAUGCUCUAGUCUUCACCAGGUCCUACAGUUACAUAAAUAACACAAGUGUCACCACUGUGUAACAAGACUUUUUGGGUUUGAUGCUAAAAUUGCAGGGUGUACUUUUUUUUUUUUCUUGUUUUGGGCCCAGAUUUUUUUGUAUCUAAUAUUACUGCAUAUCAUUUCAGUCCUGGAAAUAAUGCAGGUCUUUAUAAGUAGUCAGUAGUUUCAAAUGUAAUAUAAAAUCAUGAGAAACAUCUGAAUAACAUUUGAAACGAUCUUGUCCAAAUUGUGGCUUGUUUUCAAAGUUCACCUUUGAUUUACAAUUUGUUUUAAAUUUCGAUACGACCCAGUUAAUUCUGUCAUUUUGAGCCAAUCUGUUAUUGUUAUCUCUCAGUCUUUGUCAAAAAACAGAAAGAGUGUACACCUCAUAGUAGUUGUUAAAGCACAGUAGUGGACUGCUAAUGUUAUGAACUUUUUAUUUUUAUUUUUUUAAGCGAUAUAAUAGAAACAACAUGAAUUAAGUUCUGCCAGGUAUUCCUGUAAAAAAUAUCUUGAACAAAAAAAACAAAUCUCUCUGGCAGUAGUUAGUGGCUCAUCUUUAGCAAGAAUUAAAAGAAAAAUUGUGUUACCACGCCUUUUUCAAAGUUCAGACAUGACUUAAGGUCAGUCUACAGCACUUCAGUAAGUCCACAUAUGUCCACAUUGGUAGACUUUUUUUGUUAAACAGAAGAGUGGAUCACAGUUUUCCACAAUCUUAUUUAUUUAUUGUUAUUUUAUUUAAAAAUUACAGAUGACCUCUUAAUUAGUUUUAAUUUAAUGACCUAGUGAGAAGCAAAUAAACGCUCUGAUGUCUUAAACUUCUAAUUUUGAAGAGGGUUUACUUUCUUUUUCCAUUAAUAAUGUAUGUGUAGUUAUUAUGAAAGUGCUGUUUAGGUUUGAUUCCUACCUUUAGGAUUUGUUUCUUUUAAAUAGUGAUGAGAUAAAGUUGAUCCAACAGCUGUCAUUUCAGAAUCUGUGUUUAAAGAUAGAUAUCUAAUCAAAUCUAAAAUAUUUUCUAAACUAGUUUUUUGAAUAUUGUAAAAAUUGUACAUUGGGAUAAAAUGACAUUAAGUGUUUGCUGUAAUGUAAAAUACUGAUGCCUAAUCUUAUCUGUGCAGAGACCAUCCUAAAUCUUAAUAUAUCUGUUUUAUAAUAAAAAUUAUGUUUCUAAUGUC